ACAGCACAUGGACUUGCGAAACAAAAUGGCGGUUUGACGUGACUUUGUUGGAAAUUUCAGGCAGCCUUAUCCGGUCUUCCGCGAGAUAUAAUGGGAAAGACGAGAGCAAAGAAGCGUUCUUCAUAUCGAUACAGAGCCACUGGUCUUCCAAGUGUUAAAGAGGUGGAAAGUGAAGCCCAAGAGAAUGCCGGUGUCGGCGUCAAAACAUUACCUCUGGUAGAAAAGCUGACAAGUGCUGUUGCUACUGAACGUGAGUGUGCAUGUGCCAGUCUGGCCAAUCUUGUAUUUGACCAUGCAGCCAUACCAGCCCUUUUACAGCAGGAUAUUGUGCGAAGGCUUGGUCCCCUGCUGAUUGACGAUAAUAGAGGUAUCCAGGAAGGUGCUGCUGGUACAUUGAGGAAUCUGAGUAUUUCUGGUGGUCCUGAGGUAUGUAUUAAAAUGGUAGAACAGGAUGUCAUGACUCCUCUUACCACAUUUGUACAGCAGUCUCUUGAUUCCUUGGGUGCUAUUGAUGAGACUCUGGGGAGUGAGUUUAAAAGACAGUCUACGAGCUUGGCCAUCCAGGCUGUAAGCUUACUAUGGAAUCUCUGCGAAAGCAGUGAUGUCGCAGUAGAUAUUUUAAACAAAUGCAGCCUUUUACCUUACCUUAUUGCAAGCCUAAAGACUGAAAUUUACCCUACAAGUGUUGCAAUUCCAGCAGCUCAAUGCCUUCAUACUGUCACUGAAGACAAUUCUGUUGCUGCUCACUGCCUUUGUGGUUCAAGUGACCUCAUGAAGACUCUUGAAAAGUCACUCAUGGCUGAUGGGUCUUCUAGCGACAUGCUUCUGUUAAAAGUCCUGACUGCAGGUGUGUUGUAUAACAUCCGCUACAGUAUUCCACCAGACAGUUUUAAUGAGCUCCUUCAGGCCCUUGUCAAAGUCUUGGCCCAAGUUCUUGAUGUGAAUUGUUUUGAUGUCAUAAAUAAACUGCUUCCAGAGCCUACCAAGAUUGAAGAUGUCCAAAUGCUGUUGAAUGCUCAGCAACUUGCCUUAGAAAUUCUCUCAAACAUGUGCUGCCCUGAGGAUUCUAAUGACGAUGAAUGGGAAGAUGUGGAUGACUGUGUCAGCUUGGACUCGGCUGAUGAAGAAGAAGAAGAAGGACUACAAGAGACAGCUCAAUAUGAUGUCGAUAUGAAUCCAGAGAGUUUAUCCACGGAAAUGAUCAACGCGAUUGUUACGCGAGAAGUUCCAAAAAGGGUUCUUUCUAAGUGUUCAUUUGGUGAAGCAACUGUGUAUGAAGCUUUGAGUGCUCACGCUGACGGAGAGAAGCUGCUCCACAUACUAAGCACAGUACAAGCAAGGGCAUUGAUUUGCCUUAACAAUAUUGUGUCAGCCUUGGAUACCGAUCUACUGGGAGGAGAUGAAGCACUGGGACAGCUUUGGAAUUCGCUUUUUUCUCUGACGUUUGCGGCGGACACCAAAGUGUUUGUUUCCCACGAGGAAGACUUCCUAGAAGCCGCCACAGGAGUCCUUCGAUCAAUAAUGGAUAAAAUGUCCUCUGUACAAGAGCCGCAAUGCAUCACAGCUGAACACGUGACAACGUUGUGUAGAAUCACGGCUGAUACGUCGUGUGAAGCCGCCAAGGUCAAACUGCUAAGCAUCCUGGGAUUCAUUGGCAAGAUGGCCGCCAAAAGGGACAACACUCUCGAGGUUCUAAAGUCCCUUGGUAUCGUGUUUCGUGACAUCAUUGUCGGCGAUCACAGUUUAUGGUUGAUAUCUGAAGCAUUGGACGCAGUCUUUGAUACGUUUGCGGACGGACCGCUUGUCAACACUGCUGCAGAUUCCGUUGGUCUUAUGGCAAACUUAGUGCAGCUGGUACCAGUCCUUAAGAGUAGGAUAAAGACCGAACGAAGAACCUUGGGAGACCACUUCCCUGUGAUAGAUGCUGCGAGGGUAAACCUGACUAGAUUCAUAAAAUACAAACUCAAGGGCCACUAGGAUCUUGGUGGCACAGUCAGCUUGCCGGUUGAACGGCGAGGAUCACGCACGGAUGAUAUUCGUCCACCUACUUCUCUUUACUGAUAUCAAGUACCAGUUUAACACGUACAGACAUCAAGAUCAUACAUAGUAGCUUUUCCAGUAAAAACUAUUAGACUCAAGUUCUAAGGAUCGGCAGUCGCGUAAAAAUGUCUUCUGAGACAAAUUUUUUGAGUCAUAAUUAAGCUCCAAUUGACGAAAAGUCAUCAUGCGACUGCGACCUAAGAUAGAGAUAGAGGUUUUGCACAGCAGCCAUGUGCAUGGCAAGAACAAUAGAUUAUUUUUCCCAGGGGAAAAAUUUUCUUAUGC